AUGCCAUGCUCGCGUCUCUCUUCUCCCCAGUCCCCCCUCGCUGCCUUUGCUCGCUGCCGUGCUGCCCUUGGCCCCACCCGCACCUACAAGGCGGCAGGGCAGCAGCAGGGGGCCAGGAGGAGCAGUGGGAGCAGCGUGGUGAGCGGGAGAGGCGAGCGGUGGGAUGCCGCACGGCCUGGGCUGGCCCUGCUGACCACUGCUGCCGAGUUGCUGGACUACUGCACGGAGGGCUGCUGCUGGCCGUGUCAAGAUCCCUCUGCUCCUCAUGCGACUGCUCGUCACCCGGCUAAGAGGCUGUGGCAGCGUGAUGCGGGGAGGGAGGGGCGGUGGGAUGACGCACGGCAGGCAGUCACGGCGGCGUGCGUGCCUCCUGCAUGCCCUGCUGACCACGCCGCUCCCUCACGCGCGCAGCGACCUUGA